AUGAAGGCGUCCGUGGUCCUCUCCCUCAUUGGCUAUCUGGUGGUCCCCGGCAGCGCUGAUGUCUUGGGACGCUGCGUGGUGGCCAAGAUGCUCCAUGACGGAGGCCUGAGCAAUUUUGAGGGCUACAGCCUUGAAAACUGGGUGUGCCUGGCUUAUUUCGAGAGCAAGUUCAACCCCGAGGCUGUCUACGAGAACAACCCUGGUUCCUACAUGGGCUUCGGCCUCUUUCAGAUUCGCGACCCUGACUGGUGCAACAAGGGGAAGAACCUCUGCCACGUGUCCUGCUCCGCUUUGCUGAAUCCAAAUUUAAAUAAGACCAUCGAAUGUGCCAAGACAAUUGUUAAAGGAAAACAAGGAAUGGGAGCAUGGCCCUCCUGGACCAGGAACUGCCAGUACGCCAACACUCUGGCACGGUGGUUGGACGGAUGCCACCUGUAGCCCCCGGGCGGCCCUUGCAACACUCCUCGUUGCAUCUUCUGAAUGAAGACUCUUUCCUGGGUGCGGCCCUCGCUUGGCCUUGCUGAUGAUCUC